GCAGUCAGUCUGUUCAGUUGGAGCGCGUUUACCGAUUGUGGCGGUUUUGGGAGCGGCAAUUUAGAUAAAUUUAGUGCGGCAAAUAUCGUCAGUGAUUGUAAAAUGUGUCUGCUCAAUGAUAAAAAAUUCACUUAAUAUUCUGUGGAAAAUUUACAGAAAGCACAAUAAUUAAAGGAGAAAUUUGAAUUAUAAAUUUUCUUUUCACACACGGUAAAACCGAAAGCGGUAGUUGUCCAUUAGUUCAGUUCUUGAUGCGAGCUCCAGCUGAACGGUUGUAAGGUUACACAACUAACAAAUAUUCGAAAAUUUUAUACAAACAUAAAAAUAAAUAGGUGCUAAAACGUGAUUUUAUUACGAAAAAAUCAUUAAAAAAUUUAAAUGAAUACUUAAACAAUAGUAAUCCACACAAAAAGCGACUAAACAAUUCAAAAGUGUUUACAUAAAUCGGCUUCAUUUGACACAAAAAUAUUCCAAAACAUUCGUGAAAAAGUGCAAGAUAAGCGUAAGAACCAGCAUUUACAGCAUUUAUAAAAGAAAACAUCAAAUUCAUUUAAUUAAAAAAUACGUUAAAAUGACAGAACGUUAUGCCAAUGGUGUUACCACAAGUUUAGUGCAUAAUUCGCCACCUGUUGCAAGCAAUGGUAGCACAGCCGCCACCGACGCUGCUGCCACGCUUAACGGCCAUGGAAAUGGCAAUGCGGCCAUGCCUGAAUCUGACGACGGCGAUAAAAUCGUAUUGAAACGCAAACUGACGCUAAUGAACGGUGUGGCUAUCAUUGUGGGCACUAUUAUCGGUUCCGGAAUAUUUAUAGCACCAACAGGUGUCUUCAACUAUACAGAAUCGGUGGGCUCGUCUCUGCUCAUUUGGGCUGCUUGCGGCACACUCUCGACGAUCGGCGCACUUUGCUAUGCUGAGUUGGGUACGAGCAUCACACGUUCGGGUGGCGAUUAUGCAUAUUUGUUGGUGGCAUUUGGACCGCUAGUCGGCUUUUUGAGAUUAUGGAUAGCUUUGUUGAUCAUUAGACCAACAACACAGACAAUUGUCGCGUUGACUUUCGCGCAAUAUGCGGCAAAACCAUUUUUCGAAGACUGCUCACCGCCCGAAUCGGCUGUAAAGAUUUUAGCGGCAAUUUGUUUGUGUUUGCUCACUGCCAUUAACUGUUUAUCCGUGAAAUGGUCGAUGAAAGUUCAGGACAUCUUCACCGCCGGCAAACUGUUGGCAUUGAUCAUGAUCAUUUUAGCUGGUCUCUACUAUCUGGCGUUGGGCCGCUUCGAAAAUUUCGAAAACGCCUGGGAGGGCAAUUAUGAUGCGGGCAAUAUUGGAUUCGCCUUUUACUCGGGUCUUUUUGCAUUCGGUGGUUGGAAUUAUUUGAAUUUCGUAACGGAGGAGUUGCAGGAUCCGUACAAGAAUCUCCCACGCGCCAUUUGGAUUGCUAUGCCCUUAGUCACCGGUAUUUAUGUGCUUGUGAAUCUCGCCUACUUUGUGGUGGUCUCGAAAACGGAAAUGCUCAGCUCACUGGCAGUGGCGGUCACGUUCGGUAAUCGCGUGUUCGGGCCGCUCGCCUUCAUGGUGCCGAUAUUUGUAGCGCUUAGCACAUUUGGUGGCGUUAACGGUGUGCUCUUCACGUCGGCACGUCUCUUUGCGACGGGUGCACAAGAGGGUCAUCUACCCAAAUUCUUUACACUAUUCCACAUUAAACAACAAACGCCCAUACCAUCACUGAUAUUCUCGUGCAUCAUGUCGUUAUUGACACUACUCACUGCCAAUGUUUACGUUUUGAUAAAUUACUUCAGUGCCAUGUUGUGGCUGUCGGUGGUCGCCAGCAUAGCGGGCAUGCUCUGGAUGCGUCACACCAAACCGAACAUUCCGCGACCUAUUCGCGUGCACCUGGCACUGCCAAUAAUCUUCAUUAUAUGCUGCCUGACCCUGGUGCUCUUGCCUAGCUUCAAGGAUCCGAUGAAUCUCAUUAUUGGUAUUGGCAUUACCGUAGCUGGUAUACCGUUUUAUUAUCUAUGCAUAGCGCGUAAGAAUAAACCAGCUUGUUAUGGUAGACUCUCACGUGGUAUGGUGAAUUUCUGCAGAGCCAUGUUCAAUACGGAGCUCAUAGAGAGUAGGGAAAGUGACGAGAAGUAAACUAGAAAGCAGUGAAGGCUUUAUAAAGAAUAAAAUUAUGUAGGCUUUAAUUUUAGUAAAUAUUAAAUUAAACAAACUCAGCGCUAAACAGGUUAUGUUUUAGUUUAAAGCAAGUACAUAUGUAAAUAUUUAUAUAAGUACGAAAUAUUUCAUACGCGUAUUAAAUAUUUAAUUUUAUAGCGAAAAGUAUUGUAUUUAUUUCAAUAAAAUUAAUUUUAUAAGUUAAAGCUAAAGUUCAUGUAUUUAAGUCAGACUCUCACCUAUGCAAGCAUAUUUGGAAUAAACUUGUAAAUAUGUAUGUAAGUUUGCAGACCAACAAAAUAUGUAUGUACAAGGUCAUAUGUAACGAUUUGGUUUAAAAGUUUAAACAAAAAUUUAAUGAAUAUAAGAAUUGUUAGUGCUUUUAGUUAGUAAACAUUAUAUAUGAAACUUCUAAAAAAUAGCAAUAUUAUUAUUACAAUUUUUAAUACGACUUUUUCCGUUAUUAAAAUGAAUUUAGGAAGCUUAUGUCUAUAAGUGUAUUCUUUAUGGGCGCUUGCGACGGCUCUUUAAAUAAAUCAAACACCAAAUUUUCUCAAAAGUGUGAAUAAUUUGUUAAUUGACUAAAUUAAGAGGCUCUCUUAUAUAACUAUUAGACUAAGAACAUUGUGAAGCAACACAGAUACUAUUAUAUGUGAAAAAUAUACACAAAUUUAGUUAAAUAAUAUAAUUUAAAUAACUUUUUUACCAAACGAAUGCAAUAUUUUAAAAUUUAGUCUGAAAAUCCGUAGUCAAGCAGUAAAACGUUUUUCUUUUAAAGAGUAAGUAGAAAAAAAGGAACGUUUUUAUUUAAAGUAUGGUUUAAAAAAAAUAAAAAACUGCAACGGUAAAAAUAAAAAAACAUUUUUUGGAUAUUAAAAAAAAUUAACUUUUUUCGAGAGAUUUAGUUAUGAAAAAGAUUUCUAUGUUUUUCAAAAUUAGCAUCCAAAAUCAAAAAAUUUGCUUUCGAAGUUCUAAAUAGGCUUAAUGACUUCGAAUCAAAAUAUUUGUCUCUAAAGUUCCAAAUUAGGCUUAUUGACUUCGAAAAGCGGUGACAUUACUUCUUUACUUAUGACUCAAUCUGUUGAAAAAAUGGUUUGGUCCGAUACGGAGUGUUGUAUGGAGUAAAUAUUGUUAAUAUUUAAAUAUUUAAUGGUUAAAAAUAGUUCAUUUUCAUACUUUGUUAAAUUUAGCAUUUUUAAAAGCAUUUUUUUUUGUUUUUAUUUUUUGUUUUAAAUUCAUAUAAUUUGCCAUUUAGAUUAAUUUAGAAUGAUUAAUUUACUCUUCGUGAAAUUAAGAAAAAAAACAAAAUUUUCUUUAAAUUAACCAUUAAAUAUGAUUUGUUUAAUAUUUAUGUACUAAAUUUUUAAAUUAUUAAACUUGCUUGGAUAGCUACCGAACUUUUCGCAUUAAGCCUUUUUUAGCUUUAAAAGACGCAACGAAAUAACUAUGACAUUUUAGGGAAUAAUGCCUUAAACGAUAUUAAAGCAUGCAAUGCAGCACCAUAUACCAUAUGUAUAUACAUAGGUUAGUUGAUAUAAAAUGAAAGAAUAGUUAUCUGCUAAGCGAGUUGCAAAAGAAUACACGCCAAAAAACAAAGCAAUGUAAAACAACAACACAAACUUGUUUUUUUUCGAGUAUAGUGAGCACGAUUAGAAACGCCUUGAAAUGAAGUAAAAAUUUUUGAAACAAUUACUUUCAUAUUGAUAGCUGAGUUAUAACCUCUAUUGAAAAUUAGCUUCAGCGAAAUUCUAAUUGAGUUGAGCCUUCUUUUGCCGCUCGCUUAAGAAAAAACUGGUCUAAUAUAAGUUAUUUAAAAAUUUAUGAAUAUACACACACUUAUACACUUAAACAUAUACAUUGCUUAUACAAAUAUGUAAUGGCAGAUAUGCUUAAAAUACUUAUUUAAUACUAAUAAUUAGAAAAAGUAUAACCAUAAUAAUUUAAAUGUGGAAUAGCAUAGCUUCAGAAUUAAAUAAAUGCUUGAAAAAUA